UACGAGUUCGAUAUCCAGUCAGAAGAAGUAAAGUUAGUCCAGUUGUUGCAAGGAUCGGCGGUAUAUGGCUUGCUACAUUAUGAAGAAAAGCAAGAAUUGCAGCACUACAUCGUAAUGUUGAGUGCAGAAACGUCGCCAAAGAUCUAUCGGUGGCUGAACAACCACCUCCUGUUGUGGCAGAUGUUGCCCACAGAUUCUUCGAUUCAGGAGGGCAGCAAUGUCCAAGCCAUCACUUUAAGUUUUGUAGAAAGUGUUCUCCUCCUUACCAAUGGCGGCAAGAUCACAAUGUACAGGGACGACAAACAUGGACAGAUGGUCCCCACAUUCGAGACUGAAGUCGCCUGCUCCGCCGUCGAUGACCUGUCUGUCAUGGAUAUAAAUAAGGAAUAUGUGAUGGGUUUUAUUUGCGAGAACAUUUCGGGCGGCACAACGAUGAUGUUUCGAUCUGUUUUGGUGGAACAGAUAGAGCUAGAAAAAGGAACUCCAGAAAUCAUUCACGACUGCCUCCAGGAAGUGAAGAAAGGACUCGAGGAGAGAAAACCAAUCAUAUCGGAAUUCGAGGACAUCCUAGCAAACAAUCGACUAUUGACUACAGACACUAUGCAGACGUGGACAGGACCCGUAUCGUUCCUCGGAGGACUGACUGUGAACGGCACGGCUUCGAUCUUUCACACACUCCAUAUUACGCAGGAAGACGCAAAACCGAACGAGGAAACUUUCGACGAAUUUAUUUCUAAAGCUUUAGAUCUGAAGGAUGAAGUGAAGGCACUGCAGUCUAACAUGUCGGAAAUCCUAUAUCACACGAAGGACCAGAAUCGAACGCUUCAAAGAUAACACAAUUGGGCUUAGUAUCAUAUAUUUGCCAUAGUAUUAUUCAUUUUAUAUUUAGCGUAUUAACUGCAACUUAUUUUCUUUUGUACUUAGUUAUCAGUACCAAAGGGGGAGGAAUAUUAGUUUACCUUUUCCCGUAUAUUCUAAUUGAAUGACGUGCCGCUGUUGGGCAUCAAAGACAUAUACUUCAUAGACGGGCAGGACCAGAAUGCGAGUUCCACCUUUUUCCACGCGAUGAAGGCCGAGCACUUUGUCACGAGAGGCGCGUCGUCCUCAUCCACCGUCAAUGGCCUCUUUACAGAUCAGUAUAUGCGAAAGAGUUUGAUUCACAAGUAGUGUCAGGGCGACACACGUACCCGAACUUGGCAGCAGGGAAUAUCUGUGGCUUGGGUGGCGUAGGGUCGCCACUGAUGAUCAAUGCAAUAAACACUUCAUCUAUAGUUAUGAGAGGCAGUAACGUCACGUUUGUUGAUAAAAAGACAUUCCAGAGCUUCACCGUUCUUCAGCACUCGAAAAUUUAUCUGAUUAAUGAUAUUAAUCUCUCAAGUUUGGCCGAGCGACUUGUUUACAAACACCUCUACAAGACCCAUGUUUUGGAUGGAAACUAUACUCUGGACGCUGUAAGGGUAUCGGGCAAUGUUGACGUGGUA